GGUCACCGGGCACGCGCGCACGUGUGCCUGCAGUGCACACCUAUCUUUACGUCUUUGCAACUCGUGACCUUUCAAGAAAGUGUUCGUGUGCUCUCGACUUAAUGAGUUAAGAAAUUGAGUGUUCUGUUUUUUGUGUUCAAUGACUGUUAACUUGGAUAAUUGGAUAAUUGUUAUUGAAACUUUAAACUUCUGAUAUAACGUAUAUACAAGACUGAUUAUAAAGUGGUUAAAAUUCAUAUUUAGUGUUUUACCACUAGACUAUUAAGUUAUAAUGGAAUACCAUCACCGUCAUAUGGAGCAGACGGGUUCCCUGCAUCAGCCUCAGCCAUCUCAGUGGGGCUACGGUGGCUGGACACCCCCGGCACCAGCGCCGGCCCCACCUGCGCCCGCGCCGCGGAAUAAAAGAACUCAUUCUGAAAGUGAAGACGAUGCUUUCUCGGAGGAGAGCAGUAAAGACGCACAGUCUCCAGGCGGAGAUUCCUGUCAGUUACUGACGCGCAAGCGGCGAAGAGGAGUGAUCGAAAAGAAGCGGCGCGAUCGGAUCAACACCUCACUUACCGAGUUAAAGCGGCUGGUGCCUGCAGCCUGUGAGAAGCAGGGAAGCGCCAAGCUGGAGAAGGCCGAGAUACUGCAGCUCACUGUAGAUCAUUUAAAGAUGUUACACGCUAAAGGUCUAGAUACGUUCGCGUAUGACCCUCAACGUUACGCCAUGGACUACCAUAGCAUCGGUUUCCGAGAGUGCGCAGCCGAAGUUGCCCGGUACCUUGUGAGCUGCGAAGGCCUGGAUAUCCAGGAUCCUUUGCGCCUUCGUCUCAUGAGCCAUCUUCAAUGCUUCGCGGCGCAGAGAGAAUUAGCCGCUAAGUCUGCGAAUUGGGGAUAUCCCUCAACACCUGUACCGCAAUACCCCUCAACACCUGUACCUACGCAACCCCAACAUAAUUAUACAGAAUUGGGGCCAAGACAUGAACCCGCAGCGUCAACAGCUUCGACUGUUGCCACACCAACACCAAUAGCACCUUUGUCUACGGCUCCAACGUACCCUCACUAUCCUCCAGGACCACCGGCUCCUCCGGGACCUCACCCCGCCCCUCCAGCUCCUCACUACCCCACACCAUAUCCGCACCAUCCAGCACAUCACCAAUAUUCACAAAAUAGUUCGAAGCCCUACCGACCUUGGGGAGCAGAGCUAGCGUAUUGAAAAUUUCGUUUUAGUCAAAGUUGAGUUCUUAAAGAGUUUAAAACAGAAACUUUGUUAGCGUAAUUUAAUCGGAGUGAUAUUUAACUCGAAGGUUCUUGUUAAAAUUUUGGCCAGAGAAAAGACGAAGUUAUGAUUGUAUUGGUAUAGAAAUUUGCUGAAAUAAUCCUUUAGCAGUUUACGAGGAAAAUUAAGUUAAACAGAAAUAAAAACUUAAAACCAUUCAAGAACAAUUAGU